GAAGCCAAGUAUUUCUCUCUAAAUACACAAGAAGAAAGAAAUUCCGUGCAGAGAAAAGUAACCGAGCUCUGCCUAAUUUUGUGCUGAAUUUGCUAAUUAAGCCUUGUAGCAUCAAUCUCUGGCCACUCUUCUCUGUUCUGUUUCUUGUUUAACAAUUCUUGGUGAAUCUUCGAAGGGAGGGUUCUGUUGUUUUAACUAGUAGAAGCUACUACUAUAUACCAGGAUGGCUUCUAAAGACAAAGCACAGUCUCUUGAGCAGACACCUACAUGGGCUGUUGCUGUGGUCUGCUUCGUAUUGGUUGCCAUUUCAAUCGUCAUCGAGCAUCUAAUUCAUGCUGUAGAAAAGUGGUUGAAGAAAAAACACAAGACAGCUUUAGUUGAAGCACUUGAAAAAGUUAAAGCAGAGCUCAUGCUUAUGGGAUUCAUAUCCUUGCUCCUAACAAUAUUACAAGGACCAAUCUCUGAUAUUUGCAUUCCGGGGAAUAUAGCAGCCACCUGGCAUCCUUGCAGCAAGAACCAGGAGAAAGAAAAGGUAUCAGAGUCUGAUGAUUCUGACAACUCUCGUCGAAGGCUCCUUCAGUUCUUGGGCUCCGGUGAAAGUCAUAGACGUGUUUUAGCAUCAAAAUAUGACAAAUGUGCUGAAAAGGGAAAAGUUGCCCUUGUAUCAUCAUAUGGUAUCCACCAGCUCCAUAUUUUCAUCUUCGUACUAGCAGUUGUUCACGUGCUCUAUUGCAUAAUUACCUAUUUCUUAGGCAGAACCAAGAUGAGAAAGUGGAAGGCAUGGGAGGAUGAAACAAAAACCCUUGAGUACCAAUACCAUAAUGAUCCAGAGAGGUUUAGGUUUGCAAGAGAGACAUCAUUUGGAAGGAGGCAUCUGCAACUAUGGAGCAAGUCAUCGAUUCUCCUUUGGAUUGUGUGUUUCUUCAGACAGUUUCUUGGAUCAGUUACCAAGGUUGAUUAUAUGACAUUGAGACAUGGAUUUAUCAUGGCACAUUUGGCCCCUGGAAGUGAAACAAGAUUUAACUUCCAAAAGUACAUCAGCAGAUCACUUGAUGAGGAUUUUAAAGUUGUGGUGGGGAUCAGUCCGAUAAUAUGGUUCACUGCAGUGUUGUUCCUGUUGACUAAUACACAUGGAUGGAACUCUCAUUUUUGGCUACCAUUUAUCCCUUUAAUUAUAAUUUUACUGAUAGGAGCUAAGCUACAAGUGAUCAUAACUCAAAUGGGGCUAAGGAUUCAAGAGAGAGGAGAUGUGGUUAAGGGUGCUCUCGUGGUUAUACCAGGCGAUGACCUUUUCUGGUUUGGACGCCCACGAUUCCUUCUCUUUCUCAUUCACUUAGUUCUCUUUCAGAACGCAUUUCAGAUUGCUUUUUUCAUAUGGAGUGUGUAUGAAUUCACAAUAAACUCCUGCUACCAUGCUCACACUGAGGCUAUUGUCAUCAGGAUCACAUUGGGGGUCAUCAUACAGAUAGUAUGCAGUUAUGUGACUCUGCCUCUUUAUGCUUUAGUGACACAGAUGGGUUCUAGCAUGAGACCAACCGUAUUUAACGACCGAGUGGCAGCAGCCCUCAAAAACUGGCACCAUACAGCCAAAAAGCAAAGUAAACAUGGCAAGAACUCUGAGUCUCACACACCAAUGUCAAGCAGACCACAAACUCCCGCUUAUGGCAUGUCGCCCGUUCAUCUCUUGCACAACUUCCGUGGGAGCACUGCUCCUGAUAGUUUCCAGAAUUCUCCAAGGCAUUCUUAUUAUGACAACAAUGAUCAAUGGGAUCCUGAAGCAAAUUCUGUACACGAUCAUGAACUCAAUGAGCCUGUACACCAUGGAAGCCCUGAUGUUAGGGACCCAGUCCAGGUCAUAGAAACUCAAGAUCCAAACCCGGUGCAAUUGCCUCCAGGGCCAGGCCCCAUCAAUUCUCAGCAGCAUGAAAUUAACGUUGGCAGUGCUCGUGAUUUCACAUUUAGUAAGUGAUAGCAGAUGCAUACAGGAUUUGUUGUGCAGCAAUUGUUGUUUACGUGUCAUGUGUUCAUUUCUUGUACAUGAGAAAAUAGAAACCUACUUGGGCCCGAAAGAAAAGAGUAUAGGAACUUGAAAGCAGCACAGGCAGGGAUGGUUUAAGGCAUUAGUUUUGCUUCUUCUUCUUUUUUUUGAAACGUUUUUUUUCUCCCCGUGUUACUAUUUAGAACCCUUUCAAAAAACCAGACGUCUCAUAGUGUAAGUGUAUUCAGUAUAAAGCUAUAAGGUUUAGCAUUUUCAAUAUCACUAUGAAUUAUAAUAGUGUUUUUUUUUCU